GAAAAAUCACAACGGGUAGACUCUCGGUUUGCAGCGGCCUUGAAGGAAUCAUCCCGCAUGUUUCGAUGGAGGGGUAAUGCUUCCUUUUUUCUCCGCCGUUAUGUGUAAAUGUCCGAAAACGGAAGGCUCCUUUGGUUAGGAAUAGACCGGUGAACGAGGAGCAUGUUUCUCUGACUCCAGAUCCCGAGUGCGAUGAAAAAGAUGGAGGAAGAAGGGCGUGGGACAGGGAUUUGAUUUAGGGGUGACCCCUCCGAUUCGGCCCCGGAUUAGAGGGGUUUGGUAGGUAGUUAAAAAAAAUUACUUAGAGCAUUUUUGGUGACCUGACUUGAGGGAAGAGUCAUAACACUUUGUUGCAACGUUCAAUUCACUUCUGAUUCUCUGGAGACUUAGUUCCUCUUGUCCGAUACGUUGAUUGUUAUUCUUGAUUAGGUUCUGCGAGAGAUAAUAGAAAGAAAAGUAAUGAUCAACGAGAACUCCAGAAUGGCCACCGAGUUACCUACCAACAGUACCAACGGCCAAGGCCAAGGCCAAUCCAAUGGAAGCAGCAACACUAAAGACUUUACUGUCAAGACUGGUCUUGCUCGCAUGCUGAAGGGAGGAGUUAUUAUGGAUGUUGUCAAUGCGGAGCAGGCAAGAAUAGCAGAAGAAGCUGGAGCUUGCGCCGUUAUGGCCUUGGAGAGAGUACCGGCAGAUAUCCGUGCUCAAGGUGGUGUGGCAAGAAUGAGUGACCCGAAGAUGAUCAAGGAGAUCAUGGCAACGGUUACAAUUCCUGUGAUGGCUAAGGCGAGAAUUGGACAUUUUGUCGAGUGCCAGAUCCUCGAAGCCAUUGGCGUAGACUACAUCGAUGAAUCCGAAGUCCUCACACCCGCCGACCAUGCCCACCACGUCGAGAAACACCCUUUCUCUGUCCCCUUCGUCUGCGGAUGCCGAAACCUAGGUGAAGCCCUCCGUCGUAUCUCUGAAGGUGCUGCUAUGAUCCGUACAAAGGGUGAAGCAGGAACUGGAGAUGUCAUUGAGGCCGUCAGACACAUGCGAACCGUCAAUGCCGAGAUUGCUAGAGCAUCCGGCAUGAGCGAUCCAGAGCUGAGAAUACUGGCAAAGGAGAUCCAAGCUCCGUUUGAGCUGUUAAAGGAGACUGCCAAGCUUGGUAGAUUGCCUGUUGUUAACUUUGCUGCUGGAGGUGUAGCUACGCCUGCUGAUGCGGCAUUGAUGAUGCAGCUUGGUUGCGAUGGUGUAUUCGUUGGCUCAGGUAUCUUCAAGUCUGGAGAUGCGAGCAAGAGAGCGAAGGCUAUCGUCCAGGCCGUGACACAUUACAAUGACCCGAAGGUUUUGGCUGCUGUGAGUGAGGAUCUUGGUGAAGCUAUGGUGGGAUUGAACGUCAGUGCUAUGGAUGCGAAGGACAAGAUGCAGGGCCGAGGCUGGUAAUUGCUUCUUAUCAGCAUGGAUUUUUCAACAAAAGCAAAAUAAACAAUUUGUAAUACGAAGUUGAGGCAUCUCCGUGACAUAGAAAGGAGGUUGAGGUUAUAGUGAAGUCGUCUGAUCGUCCCCUGUACUUCGUCUGUAAAUCCCAAUCGAAGUUCCAGACGCAGGG